GAAGUCACUCCUUCUUGGGGACGCGGCUAGGAACUAGCAGAGGCGGGUCUCAACUGACGCAAAUAGAAUUCCCAGGUCUCUGAAAGUCCUUCCCGGCGCUGAGUGAAGAAUGAAGGGGCUGCUGGACUCGUCGCAAGGGGUUACAGGGAGACUAAACUAGCCAGUCGAGGGUGUGGCGAGUUUGGACUAGUUGCGAGGGUGUAUCGAGGGGUCUACUCGUCCGCGAUCAAGACACCAGCGCCACAAACACGACCUGUCAGGGAUUCACAGUCCACCCAGCCAAAGGAGGUGGGAGGAGCCAGAUAAGGCCCGUCCCUUACAUCACGUCCGGUGAGGCGGGGCUUCGGGGCUUUCCCCGGGAUGGAGGAGGGAGUAUCGGUUAACCCCUCCGUGGCUGGGCGGGCUGGAGCUCCGAGGGCCGGAACCCGCGAAUUGGGGCUCCCCAGCCACACCCCUCGCGGGAUUUAAAGGGACAGGAGGGGCUGGGCCCGGUCGAAGCCCGAACCUUGCGAACGGGCAUGAGGCGCUGCCCGUGCCGGGGAAGCCUGAGCGAGGCGGAGGCCCAGGCGCUGCCGGCGGCAGCCCGCAUGGGACUGGCGGCGCCGCGAGGGGGGCGGCGGCGGCAGCCAGGGCAGCAACGACCUGGGCCCGGAGCUGGGGGUCCGGUGGGGCGGCCGGAAGGGGGCGGGCCCCGGGCCCGAACCGAGGAGUCCAACCGCCACACCGAGCCCGAGAGGUCCAGCCUCGGGCUUGAGCCGGGGUCCGACGGACGGGCUGAGCCUGAAGCAGCUGGCCUCGGAGCGGAGACGGAGCGGCCCAACCCAACGACGGAGCCAGGCAAGUCCAUUCUCAGGACACAUCUAGGAGAGAGCAGCCACUGGUCAGAGCUGGAGACAGCCGGUGACUGGACAGAGACUGGGACAGAUGGCUUUUGGGCUGAUCCACACAGGACUGACCUCCAGUCUCAGCCCCAGAGGGCUAACCUCUGGGCACAGCCAGGGGUUGACGGGCCCUGGACAGAACUAGAAAUAUAUGGGUCACAGACCCAGUCAGAGAGGGCCAAGCCCAGGGCCGAUAACCUCUGCACCCAGAACAGGUCAAGCGUCCGGACCCAGCCAGAGGGGGUCCCUCUCUCAACAGAGCGGAGUGCUGACAGCUCUUGGAAACAACCGUUUACCGAGGGCUCCAGGACGCAAAAAGGUACCAAAGACUCCUGGACGGAGCUACACACUGAUGGCUCCCAGAUACAACAGGACACUGAAACAGCCUGGAAGCAGCUUGACCCCGGUGGUUUCCCAACACAAGAUACCGAUGGAUUGUGGUCACAGCCCGGCACUGACGGACCCCAGACGGAGCCUAGGACAGACUGCCUUUUGGGGGAGCCCAACCAAGAUGACUCAUUAGAGGAACCAGAACACAGGGAGUUGGUGACUCACCUCUACUCUCACCUGGAGGGUAGCACCCUGACCCCUGUGCCCCGCCUCAUUAUCACUCCGGAGACCCCUGAGCCUGAGGCUCGACCAGGGGGACCCCCCUCCCAGCUUGAGGCGGGCAGUGGUGGCUUCUCCUCUGCCUCCUCUUUCGACGAGUCUGAGGAUGACGUGGUGGCUGGGGGCGGAGGUGCCAGCGACCCCGAGGACAGGUCUGGGAACAAGCCGUGGAAGAAGCUGAAGACAGUUCUGAAGUAUUCGCCCUUUGUGGUCUCCUUCCGAAAACACUACCCUUGGGUCCAGCUGUCUGGACACUCUGGGAACUUUCAGGCAGGAGAAGAUGGUUGGAUUCUGAAGCGUUUCUGUCAGUAUGAGCAGCGCAGCCUGGAGCAGCUGAUGCGUGACCCCCUGCGGCCUUUUGUGCCAGCCUACUAUGGCGUAGUGCAGCGGGAUGGCCAGACCUUUAACCAGAUGGAAGAUCUCCUGGCAGACUUUGAGAACCCCUCCAUCAUGGACUGCAAGAUGGGCAGCAGGACCUACCUGGAGGAGGAGCUGGUGAAGGCGCGAGAACGGCCCCGGCCCCGGAAGGACAUGUAUGAGAAGAUGGUGGCUGUGGACCCCGGGGCCCCCACCCCCGAGGAGCAUGCCCAGUGUGCGGUCACCAAGCCCCGCUACAUGCAGUGGAGGGAGACCGUGAGCUCAACCUCCACCCUGGGCUUCCGGAUCGAGGGCAUCAAGAAAGCCGAUGGGACCUGCAACACUAACUUCAAGAAGACGCAGAAGCUGGAGCAGGUGACAAAGGUGCUGGAGGAUUUUGUGGACGGGAACCACACAAUCCUGAGAAAGUACGUGGCACGCCUAGAAGAACUUCGUGAAGCUCUGGAAAGCUCCCCUUUCUUCAGGACCCACGAGGUGGUAGGCAGUUCCCUCCUCUUUGUGCACGACCACACCGGCCUGGCCAAGGUCUGGAUGAUUGACUUCGGCAAGACCGUGGCCCUGCCUGACCACCAGACACUCAGCCACAGGCUGCCCUGGGCUGAAGGCAAUCGCGAGGACGGCUACCUCUGGGGCCUGGACAACAUGAUCUGCCUGCUCCAGGGCCUGGCCCAGAGCUGACCUGCUCAUCCACAACCAGGUUCAUUUAUUGGAUAGCGCCCAUCUGGCUGGAGGGGCCCCGAGAUGUGAGGGGGCCUGAGGUUGGCCACAGGGGAGCUGAAGUCCAGGGAUAGGAGAGGUUGCAUCGCACACCAUGCAGGACCAGCAUGGAAGAUCCGAAGGGCCUUGGAGAUAGGGGUGAGGGCCCGCCCCACCCUUUGACCAGAUGGGAGGUUGUUAAGAACCGGAGAGGCAGUGUGACCUGGCUGGGGCCCGCAGUUAGUCACAACCAGACUGGGCCCCUGACCAGCCAGGAGGGGAUGCAGAGGCCGCAGCUAAACCACGCGCCCUGAAAGAACGAAGUGCACAUGCUUGCACGGUACAGGCGUGACCUUGGGCCUGUCACCACAUGAGUGACUGUAACCACGGCCCCUCCCUCUGCGGGCUGGCUGCUGGCGGGGCCGGGAGAGCCAGACCUCAUUAGUGAACAAACGCAGCAGCUCUCCUCCCACCCAGCAGUUAUACCCCCACUCUUCAUCUGGGGGCCACCUAGGCUGGCAGAGGCUCUGAGGGUGUGGCGCUGUGGGUUGGGCCUGAGGGCUGACACCGCUGGGCAGGGCUCGGUUCACCCUGUCCUACCCACCCCUGGCCCCAUGGGCUCCUUCCCUGCUCCCUGGAGAACUGCUGACCCCCUGGCGACCGAAACCACAGCCACAUCCCGUGCCGCCACUGUGACAGCACCAUCUCAACCCUCAGGCACCAGCCUCAGCUGGGGACUUCCUCCUCCUGCCCUCUUCUGUCUCCUUCCUCCUAGAGGGCUGCGGUCACGGCAAGGGCUUUCAGACGCCAGGCAGACUUGGGCCUGGCUCGGGACCCAGCUACUUUCCUCGGGAGCGCCCCUUCUCCGGCCUCUGCUGGGAAGAUGCCCUGCUUGGUUGGGCCUGAGGUGCAGGGUGGGUGGGGAUGGCAACCUGGUCCAAACCAAAAGACCCCAGCACCCUGAGGCGUGGGUGGAGCCCCUCUGUCCUGCUCCUAACUUUGGGUUCCUGGCCCACCAGGCUGGGCUGGGGGAAGAGAGGCGCCCCCUCCCCCUUAGCCAAAGCUCUGGCGUGGUCUUCCAGGCUGAGGGUUGCUCCUUUUCUACUGUCUUUAUACUUAUUUAUACAAGAGAGGUAGUCGUUUGAUGGGGCCACACUGGGGAUCAGGAGGCAACAUCGCUUCACUGCCUUCCCCUUGUGACGACACCCCAAUAAACACAUUCGUAGUCCA